AUGGCGGAGUUAUGUGGGACUCUCCUCCGUUGGUCCAUCCGGCGAUACAAGCUCGCCCGAUGGAUCCUCGGAGCCCUACCCGCUAAAAACCUGUGUAUGGACCCUCACCCACCGGUGCCGACUCGUGGGAUUCCGUUAAGACUCGCCACUCACACCGAAGAUUCGCUAUCAGAGAAUGAGAUAACCAGAUCAAACUACCAAUUUGUAUAUCGCUCAGGCUGGCACGCUCGCCACCCUAAAAGUGAACAAACUCUCAAGGCACCAGUCCCUUUUGUGGUUAUUCACCAUUCAUACCAUCCGAAGGCCUGCUACGAUAAAGACGAUUGCCGCAAUGCGAUGAAGUCGAUGCAAGAUUUCCAUAUGGAUGUUAGAGGAUGGGCCGAUAUUGGAUAUAAUUUCGGCAUUGGCAGCGACGGCGUAGUCUACGAGGGAAGAGGCUGGAACGUACUAGGUGCGCACGCCUUGCAUUUCAACACUGUCAGCAUAGGCAUUUGCCUCAUCGGGGAUUGGAUAGAGACUGUCCCACCUUCUGUUCAACUCCAAAGCGCCAAAGCACUCAUAGCGCAUGGAGUUAAAAAAGGCCACAUUAUGCCAAAAUAUAAGCUGGUCGGACAUCGUCAGGUCCGAGACACAGAAUGCCCUGGAGAAGCAUUGUACAAGGUCAUCCAAAAGUGGUCUCAUUACGCUCCUUUCCCUAGAACUUAUAGGGACUUGAAGAAUGUGACUGAAAUACCUGCGUAUAUUAGGGAAUCAUUAGAAGAUUAGGUUUCUCUACUAUAUGAAGCAAACAUUUUACUUAUAAAUCUUUGGAUUCUAAGCUUGUACCUUCGUACAACCUCUAGUGUGAAAUUUUUUGUAUUUUAAGCCACGCUUAGUGAUCCCGAAUAAGGGGUAUAUUUGAAAAAAAAAAAAUUACAUUACAUACACACAACACACACACACACACACACACACACACACACACACACACA